CUGGUGAAGCUUUUGGCAGUGCUGUCAGCUCUGUAGUUCCUGUUGGAAAGAGAAACGGAAUUCUUUGGGAGGUGAAAAAAUAGAAAUUAUAUGAAAGCAAAGUUUGUUAGAAAUUACCCAAGUGGUCCACUGUUGUCCAAUUCUUUCUCCUCCUACUUCUCAAUACACCGCUGCCUGCCGCUUGAAAGCACUAUUUCUGUGGACGUUUUCUCUAACCGUUCUGUGCCAAGCGUCAAGCGUUAUCAAGGCAGGACAGCCGCCGUGUUGGAAACAGGAUCCGUCGAUUAGCCGCGGUGUGCCUUCCCGUAAUAGAGUGAGAAAAAAGCAUAUGCUGUGAAGUUCCAGAACGAGAGUGCUUUAAGAUAACACCUCGGAGAACACAGAGGAAGGGGAU